UUUUUUUUUUAAACCUCUGCUUUAACGAGGGUGGGACGGGGCAUGGCUGUUUCUCAGAAGCUUCUCCGCAGUGAACAAUGGAAGAACCCACAAUAAUACGGAGUACAUAGCUAGUGCCGGCACUCUGAUAUAGUUAACGACGAAACCCGGAACACGCCCCUCACGAGUCACGCCCUUCGCCGCUCUUUCACUGUCGAGCUUCUUUCAUUUUUUUCAUUAUUCUUUUACUUUCUCUUCAAGGAUUCAGUGCUUGAAUUAUCUCGACAGAGCUUUAUCCCUGCCUGAUCCCAGACAAUGGCGUCCAACAAGAUCGUUAUCAUAGGGGGAGGCGUGAUCGGAUUGACUACCGCAUACCUACUCUCCAAGGAUAAAUCCAAUGUUAUUACAGUUGCUGCAAAGCAUAUGCCCGGCGAUUACGAUGUUGAAUAUUGCUCUCCAUGGGCCGGCGCAAACUUUCUGCCUGUAGGAGCUCCGGGUAGCGCUCAUGCGAAAUGGGAGGCCAAUACGUGGCCUGUAUUUGAGGACCUGGCGCGGAAUAAUCCCGAAGCAGGAAUUCACUUCCAGGAUUCUAUUAUAUACAAUCGCCUCAAGGACGCCAGCUCUGACACUGCUGUCUGGUUCAAAGAGCUGAUCAACCCGAACCCUUGGUACAAAGACAUUGUCCCCGACUUCCGCCCCAUACCCAAGGAGAAAUUACCCCAUGGAUUUGACAAUGGCUCCUGCUUUACCUCUGUUUGCCUCAAUGCGCCGGUCUACCUUGCGUGGCUCGUCUCACAGUGUCGUAAGAAUGGCGUAGUCUUCAAGCGUGCUGUUUUCACGCAUAUUGUCGAUGCAGCCGGUGCUCACCACUCUGGUCAAAAGGCCGAUGUCGUCGUCAACUGCACUGGUCUAUCUUCCAAGUAUCUGGGCGGUGUUGAGGAUCAAAAAAUGUAUCCAGCCCGUGGACAGGUGAUUGUCGUUCGUAACGAAGUUCCAGCGAUGUACUCUGUAUCGGGAACCGACGACGGUCCUAACGAGGCUGGAUAUAUCAUGAUGAGGGCAGCCGGUGGUGGAACAAUCCUAGGGGGCUGCUACCAACGGCACAACUAUGAAAGCCAACCGGACCCUAAUCUCGCCAUCCGCAUCAUGAAAAGAUGUGUUGCUCUUUGCCCCGAACUAGUCGGCAAAGACGCCAACGGCAAUCAGCGCGGUAUAGAAGCCCUUGAUAUCGUCCGACACGGCGUCGGCCUGCGGCCUCUUAGAGAAGGAGGUCCUCGAGUGGAGCGUGACAACAUCGGCGGCGUUUCUGUCAUACACAACUACGGCCACGGAGGGUUCGGGUAUCAAGCUUCAUUCGGUACCUGCGCUGAUGCGGUCGCGCUGGUCGAAAAGGCACUGGAUGAGAAGAAGCGCAGGGCUAGACUAUGAUUUAGAUGGGGUUGAUUGUUUCAUAUAACUAGUUAGCUUAGACCUGUUUCUUUUAUUAACUAAUGGCUUUAGGGUUCAAUUGUUUUCCAAAUCUUUUUGCUAAGCAUUGUUCUAAACAUUAGUUAGUCCAGCAAAGGUAAACUUUCAUUCACC